GGCCAAUCUCAGCGCUCUGAAGUGACAUAAUGGAAUUUUUGGGGCUAGAAAGCGAGUGAGGUCUGGUGCUGCGCAUAGCAGUCGUGCCAUAAGGGAGAGAGGAGACGCUCAGGCCCGGGGCCCGUCGCCUCCGUUCGACAGAGAGACCCAAGAAGGAAGCGGUUCUCAGGAAGAAGGCUCGUCUGAUUUUCUCGCGCUUGGAUUUGACGGAAGCGAAAGUGAAUGCGUCGCUCCUCGCUCCCUCAUGUGAGGGUGUAGCAUGGAAACCGCGGUCCACUCUCCCACCUCCAUCUACACGCGCAGCACCAUGAUGAAGAAGGAGAUCAACCUCAACCUGAGCGACCAGACCUCCGAGCUGAAGCCGAACCCAGAGGGGCUCCUCAACUCCCCGGACUUGGGGAUCCUCAAACUCGCGUCUCCUGACUUGGAGCGCCUCAUCAUCCAGUCCAACCCAGCGCCGCAGUUCCUCUUCCCGAAGUCCGCCAGCGACGAGCAGGAGUUCGCGGAGGGGUUCGUUAAAGCGCUGGAGGAUCUCCACAAGCAGAACCAGCUGACAGAGGCGGGCUGCGUGUCUGUGGACCGACUGGAGCUGCUCGGUUCCGCCAACCAGGUGGGAUCCGCCGGGCUUCAGACGACUGACCUCCCGGUGUACACCACCUUAAACGGCUAUGCUGCCAGCCCGCUGGGAGGGACCGCCACCAUCAACUACCCCACGGACACCGUCCCUUUCCCGCCGCCUCCGCCGCCCCUCAGCGGGCAGCAGCAGGCGGCAGCCGCCGCGGCUCUCACGCGACUCCAGACGGCCGGGAUGGUGAAGGACGAGCCGCAGACAGUCCCCGACAUGCAGAGCUUCGGUGACAGUCCGCCUCUAUCCCCCAUCGACAUGGACAACCAAGAGCGCAUCAAGGCGGAGAGGAAGAAGCUGCGCAACAGGAUAGCCGCCUCCAAAUGUCGGAAGCGGAAACUGGAGCGGAUCUCUCGGUUGGAGGACAAGGUGAAGAGCCUGAAGACCCAGAACACCGAGCUGGCGUCCACGGCCAGCGUCCUCAGAGAGCAAGUCGCCCAGCUCAAGCAGAAGGUGAUGAACCAUGUCAGCAGUGGAUGUCAGCUUCUACCAAACCAGGUCCAAGCUUACUAACGUGUCAGAGACUUCAAGAACUGGAGAAGUAUUCUUCAACCCUGCCAUGUAUUUUCAAAGCCAUGUAGCAACCUGCUAUCCAUGAACUGUCCAGGAUAGCGCCUAAGCUGGACAACCUAAUACUGGGAUGCCUCUGAAGUGCUGCCAUCCUUUAUGUAUUACCAAGCCUUACUUGUUUACAAGCACUUAGCAAUGACAAAUAUAUAUAUAUUUUAUUUACUGAAAACAUUUCCUACUUUUAAGUGUUGUCUUACAUAUUUUUGUUGCGAUGAAACAGAAACACUGCAUGUCUUCUAGCCUUUAUGUACAGUUAAAAUUGUAUUUUCCAAGCGUCAAAGUUACAUGAAUGUAUGUGCCUACAUUUAUUAAAAUUCACUACAGUAUCGCAGAUUGUGUCCCAGUCUGGAAAAUGUAUGAUGAUAAAAUCCCGAAUGGCAGAAGAAUGGAAGCUGAAUCAAACCAUAGAUGGUAAAACAGUCUUGAGGACAGAAGAGUAUUAUUGAAGUGUUGCGCCCUCUGCUGGAGACUUCGGCAAACUACUGCAAGAUAAUGCAAGGACGCCUUUUUUUCGCCGUUAAAAUAAAGAGAAGAUUCAAUGAAACAUGACAUUGAGUUUCACUUAUAUGGUAAACAUUUCUCACGCGCAACCCACGAUUACGCAUAUAUAUAGCGUUCACAUUUACAGUGGUUUUCGACGGAUGAUGAUUAUACCAAAAAUACUUUUAGGAUUGGGCCAUCCGCAUAUGUGGAUAUUAAGUUUACUAACCAAUGUCAAGUGAUGCUCACCUCUCCAAAGACCUGAGGUAACUUCACCCUUGACUUGAUUUGAAAGAACACACUCAAACACCACAAGGCAGCUGCAAGUACGCAAGUGCAAAGAUUAAUAUGUAACUAUUAAACUUUUAUGUUCACUAUAUGCCACACCUACCGCAUAGUUUGGGUGUCGAAAGCUCUAAUUUGAACAGAGGCAAUGGAAUCUUACCUAUGUUCCAAAUGCAGCUGCUGUUAAAGCCAGUGCAAAUAGCAUUUAUCUCACUUGUUUAUACCCAGACAACAAAUGUACUUUGUUUAAACAUUUUGGAAUAAAAAUUAUAAUAAUAUAUUUGGGUUUUUAAACUGAAUUUAACAUUUUUUUGUUUAGGUGUGCCUGUUUAUAGUGCCAUUUUCAUUAAAUGAAAGUCCUAUGACAAAUGUUUUCUGUAAUCAACCGCCAUUUUGACUUGACGUCACU